UUAAAAUGUAUUACUCCCCACGCCUGUAGAGGGCACUGUGGUGUGUAAUCCCCUACAGUGAUGCAAAUGCUACGGCAACGGCACCGUCGAAAAGACCCGCUCAGUAGCGUGUAGAGUAGUCGAUUGGGGACCUUUGAAGGUUCAAAAUGGUGCUGCGACGGAUCUUUCAUGCUUUGAUAAAUAACGCUCAAGUGGUGGAGAAGCUGUCGGAGUCUCGACCUAUCAGACGCGCGGCGCAGAUCACGGCCUUCGCCAUCGCUAAAGCACAGAUCGCCGGGAAAGACGCCUCGACCAAACUGCUCAGAUCCCAGACUGUUCGCCAGAUACGCGAGGAGACGACAAAGAUGCCCAGUGAUGUGAAAGAGUUGGGUCGGAGAGCUACUAGACUGCGGGAUACGUUUGUGAAGGAAGUGAAAGAGGGCAUGAGAGACGCCGACAGACAGAUAAAAGACAGAAAGUGACUGAAUGAGUGAACCUUAUAUUAAUGGCGUUAUUACGAGUCCACUUGUGAUACGAGGACAGCGUUAUUAAAGAACGUUCUACUGUAAGACAGGGUUUAUGGCCCUCAAUAAACUAAAUUAAUAUCACUGUAAAGUCUGUAAGAGUGCUGGUAAUGAUGGAUGGCUGUAUAGAAGUGCCUUGUUGUGAAAUAAAUGAAGGUUUUGCGAUUAGUUAUGCCAUCUUAUUGACAUUUGAAACCAGAUUAUUAAAUGAAAACAUUUUAAACCACAAACAUUACAAAAAUGUUGAGCUCCAGUUCACAGCCUGACUGUACUGCAGAUACGACGUUUUUUUGACGUGACAUAAGCAAGAAUAUCUGAAUCUGUUAAAAUCAAAAGUAUAAAUAAAAACAAAUGCAGUUUGCUACUAUAGAAUUGUCCGCUUUGGAGUAAAAAGGGUAACCGCAACCUUAUAUCUCACAAUGUGACUUGGUUUUAAACUAACUUUCUAUGGCCUCUGUUGUUACUCUGAAGCGAAAACGGGUUUGCAUAAUACAUAAAAAAAAAAAAACUUGUUAGAAGUCCAACUGCAUGUGCUGUCAAAGAAAUAAGUGGAGUGAAAUGGCGUUUAAACUAUUUGAAACUGACAUCUUGGAACACUUAUCUAAAGAAGCUAAUACCUAAAAAAACUUCCAAAUUUGAUUUAAUUGGACAAGCAGCUUUCCAUUACUGUUGAUCUUUUGUAAAAACAAGCACUGGAACUUUUACUGUUCUUAACUAUGUUUGUUUUACACAGAAUUACAAUCACUUUUUCUUUUUUUUUCUCCCCCAACCAUAAAUAAAAAUUCCAACCCAAAAACAUAA